UAAAUUUAAUUGUUAGUACUCUUCAAUUCACUUGUUCUUUAAGAAGAAACUUCUUUUCUUUAAAAUGCUGACUAGUGAUAGUUUUAUUUCAGAGAGCUUAUAAAACAUGGAUUUAAAGUAAGAGCUGGAGUGAGGAGUGCUGAGAGAGUUGGUCCACUAAUCAAGAGUGUUGAGCAAAUGAAGCUUCAUGAUGGAACAAGUGGAGGGAAGAGUACUGGUUACUUCAUUGGGAACAAAUAAAUUUGGUUUACCUGCAGCUAUUCUCAAACACUUUAUUUGGGGGUCAAGUAUCAAACCUUCAGAACUUAUGGCAGUCAUGGCCAAGAACCCUGAUCUUGCAUAUUGUAAAAUAGUAGAGGUAGUAACAGAGACAACUGCGCCGCUAACUCCCACGGAGGAGCUUCUUGCAAAGAUAUCAUCUCAAAGACCUUACAUUUCUUCACCAAAGAAACCGAAUGCUGCAACCAUCAGUGAUCCGGCUCCCUCGAAACCUGCCAUUGCCACAGCCACUGAGAAGGAAACUGCACAACCAAAACUGGUUGCGAAACAGUCACUUUCGCCUUAUACUGUGUAAGCCUAACUUGGAUAUUUGUGUGUUUGAAGGUCUUGCUCAUAAUAUCCAGUAAGUAAUGAUGAAUGGCUGGCUUACAUCAGAAGGUAGUUGAAUAUAUUCUUUCUGAUUCAUUUAUUAUUUUAAGAUAUAUUUCACGGUGCUUCUUUGUUCUUUCUACGUUUAUUUUUUUUUUUGGUCUGUCUCUCUCGCUCUUCUCUCUUUCUCUCUAUGUAUAUUAUAUGAAAGUGAUG